UAUUAUUGGAAAAAUAGAAUACAAACAUUUAUGUUUCCUAAUUGAAUUAGAAAUACAAAUAAAAUCAUUGUAAUCGAGACAUAAUAUCAUUAUAUAUAAACAGUACCUUUAUAAAACUAAAGUAAUAACAAAUUACAAACAUUUAUUUAUGUACAAUGUCGCCGGUAGAAUUAUCAUCUGCUUAUAUUCGCAAAUUAAAUCAUCCUCUUAAAGAAAUACGUGAAAGAACAUUACAAUUAUUAGUGACGAAGCUUCGACUAGGAUGGGAAUUGGAGGAUGAGUUGGGUGGAACGAGAGAAUUACUUGAAGCCUUGCUGGCUUGGUUCCAUGUCCAAGAACCUUCAUUGCAACGUGAAGCUCUGGAAUUAUUGCUUACUGUUGUUAAAACUAAAGCUGGAUCAUACAUAGCCAAAGAAUUUAAUAUUGAUAAAAUUUUGCUAACUUUAAAUAAAAUUAAACCUAAAUUAGUACCAAAUGCCAUUGAUGUGUUUGAUGAUAUUGUGGAAACUCUUAAUUUUAUGUAUACUGUUGAUUCUCAAGUAAAUGUCAAUAUUCCCCAUCUCAAUCUAACACCAGAGACAAGUUCAGCAAGUAAUGGAUCAAGUAGCAGCUAUUAUAACAUAGGAUUAAAUAAGAUGUCUUCAAAUGGGACUCCAGAUUUAAAUGAAGACCUAGAUACAUAUAAAACAGAAAAAUGUCAUCCUGAUGGUGUCAAUAUACUUCUUUUACCUUGGGUGGAUUUGAGCCCGUCUGAUUUUAAAACAAUUGUCCUUAUAGGAGAUUCAUUAAAAGUUUUAAAAUCAACCCGUCGGUGUUGUCGAUUCAUCAGAGAUGUCUUUUUAAGAGAUUUUCCUGUGGAGAUAUUUUUAAAUCGACCUGUUAUAAUUAAGACUUUAUUAGCUAUAUGUGAUGGACAAAGUGGAGGACAUCCAGGAGAAGCCUUACACACACUUUUAUGCAUAACACAAUCAUUACAUACAAGAUUUUCAACUUUAUUCUCUUUGGACUUGGUAUCGCAACCAUUUAAGGUUUCAGAUGAUAAAGAGAGUAAUGAUGAUAUAAAUGCAGAGCUGGAACAAUUUGCAGGCAACUUUUCACAACCAGUGGAUGAUGCUUUAGUUACAUUGAGACAGUUGCCAGUUCCAGUAUAUGCAUUGGAUGCUGCACAAACUGUACUGACAAUAAUGACUCGUAGUGUAGUUUUAGUUGACUCCAAUGAUGAUAAUGGUGUCAUUGAUAUGAAUGAUUUUAACACAGGUUUAUGUCUUGUUGAAAGUCUGAUUGAGCUACUGUUAAGAUGUGUCAGUGAAACUUUCUGGGUUCAAGACCACUCAUCAAAAAUACACAGAGAUAUUGCUCAUAAAGCAUGUAUGGUUAUGCGGAUGUUGGGCGAAUUAAUGACGAAAUUCAAAGCAUCAUGUAACAGAGAUCCAGAGCGCUCGCAUCACAGAGUGGCGUGGCUGCGUACAGUGUCAUGUGGCGAACGGCUUCUGAAUUGGACUAGAAACUCAGCUUUGGCCCCUACCUCGAUUAUAGUAGCUUUACAAGCGGCUCUUAUUGAUCCAGCUUUGGAACUUCUGUACCCAACGCUUGCUAAAAAAUUGGCCGCCGUUAUAUUUAACUCCAAGUCAUUAGUGGAUCAAGAGUACAAAAGUAAAUAUAGAGAGUUAAAUAAAUUAUUCGUCAGUAUGGACUAUGCCGUUCAGUUCAUGAAGCAAAAAGAAUCUAGCAGAAUAUCUAAGAAUAUCCUUACCUGUAUUAAAAAUUCUAUUCCAAUAUUAUAUUUAAAUGUUGGUGAUAAUUAUUUAAAAGAUAUUGCAGAAAUUUUGAUGAGAAAAUCUAAAGAUCUAGAUCUUUGUGACAGUGAUUGGUCUAUAGCACGAAGCAUUGCGUUAAAUCUGAUGGCACACAGCUUGGAAUGGGUGCAGGUCAGCUUCUACAAAAUGUUAAGCGAAAUGGUGAAAUCGGUUCUGAUGGGAGAAGACGAAUACCAAUCUGAAAAUGAGAAGUGUCUGACUUUAAUAUGUGAUGUCGGAAUUUUGACUGAAAUAUGUUGUCACGGAUUAUCUUCAGAGAAGGUGGGGAGUAGCGCGAGCGAGAUCGUGCUGUACGUACUGCGCGGGCGCCUGGUGCUAUCGGCCGGCUGCUGGUGGCGGCUGCUGGCCAGCCUGCUGCCGGUGUUGCCGCUGCUGCACGUGUACGCGGCACACGACACACAGUUAGGAAAAGCAAUCUGUAAAUCUUUGGAGCCCGAUAUAGUUGAAUGUAUGGGAAUUCCUAAUGCAGAAAUGAUUGCAGGGCUUAUUAGACUGUUGUUUGUGAACUGCGCUCCUGUACAAUUGGAUGCUGCAUACGCUCUAUGUCGACAAUUAGAUGACGAAAGAUUUUUGCCACCUCGAGAUUCACUGCGUUCCGAUGUCAUACUGAAUGCUCUGAGACGCCUCGAAGUACAAGAUUUCAAUAUCGACCAAUCCAGCUCGCCAUCGAAGAAUCCACAGACAGCUGGUCUACUCCAGAUCAUUGAAGUGUUAAAACAAGACUUAGUUCUGAAUGAGACAUUAGAAUAUACGGCUCAAGGUCACAGUCGGCCGGCCCUCGAGCCGUCUCUACGUCGCAGCACGUUGCAGCAGCUGGCCGUGAUGAUGCGUCAGCAAGAAUUGCACGAAACAUUUCUUCAAAGUGACGGACUCAAUCUCGUUGUUUCUCUUCUCAGAUUGUCUCUGAUGGUAGAUGAUUAUCUAGCGUUUCCUGAAUGCGCCAUCAGCUGUGUAUCGGUUCUGAAUAGUAUUUGUUUUGUGAGCCGACAUAAUUUGGUGAAAAUAUCGGAUUUACCCUUAUUAUUGAUUAGAGUGAUUCUAGUAUUUCCCGCAAACGACAGCAGCGUGUUGACGUGCGCGCAGCUGCUGGCGCUGCUGGCGUGGGCGGGGUUCGCCCUGCAAGAGCUGGACGCCUCUCGCCGACGUGUGCCGGCCUUACCCCUGAAUGUUAUUCAGCGGACAUCCCUCCCCUUCACCGCCAAUAGCUACUGGAGUACCAGUCCCAACACUGAACAUUCGUCUGUGGAAUGGUUGCUAACGGAGGACGCGUGGCGGAGCGCGAUCCAGGUUCGCUGGUGGUGGUCGCGCCGCGGUAGCGCUUCGCUCCUCCACGGUGCUUCGCCCCUGGGACCGGAGGCUCCGCCCCCGCGAGAGGUGCGUUUGCUGCGGUCGGCCAGUGUGAGUCACUCCUGCGCCUGCCUUCUGCUGGCGUUGGAGAAUGCGACGUCGCACGCACAAGUCACCGACGCCUUGAAUAUGAUGCAAAGCUAUACAUACCUAGUCCCAGCUUCUCCAACCUGCGCUACAGAGCUGGAGGAGCUGCCCUGGCACCACACGCGCAGGUUCCUGAGCGCUCCACCGGCGUCCUCCCGCGACACUGCGCUGUUGAUUUCGCUGCUGCAAUUUAUUAUUGCUUAUAUGGACAAUAUACCAAAAGAAGACGUCUCAUUAUCCUGGAUAAAGACUUCGUUCAUCGGCAGCGACGCCGUCAUAAUAUCCCUGCUGAGUCGAGACCGUCUCUAUCCUCACCAAACUGUGCAAGAGGAUAUUGAGUUGAUCCAGCUACGCAUUCACAUCGUCAAAGUGCUGCUGAGAUGUGUCCUACUCGUGGAGCAGCAGGGCGACUUUAGCUGCUGCAGGAUGGAGAGUCUCCUGAAGAUUUUACUCAGUUGCUUGGAGAGGAUCGAUUUGAAAAAUUUUCAUACGCUUGGAUAUCUCAACGAGCUGAUACGCUGCAUAAGAUACGCGACGCAUUCUCGGUACUGCGACUUAUCGGAGGAAACUGUAAUCCAGAGCUUGAAAAUAAUGACGCAUGCUUUGAGCGGAUGCGCGUCCGGCGCCGGACGGAAGGGCCGCGCGAGCCGCCGCGACGCGCUGCUCGCGCUGCUGGCGCUGCUGCGCCGCGCCGAGCUCGCGCGCGUGCCGCCGCAGAGAUGGAGCGAGUCGUGGGAGGGCGCGGCGCUGCGGGCGGCGCUGAGCGCGGCGGGCGCGGGCGGCGCGGGCGGCGCGGGCGGCGCGGGGCUGCGCGGCGCCGCGCUGCACGUGCUGGCUGCGCUCGCGCACCACGCUCCGCUGCACACGCAGAUACUUCAGCAUAUUGAAAAAGAGGCGUUGUGCCAGUACGCUAUAGAGAUGUUCUCCCGACCCGGUGAAGCGAACCUCGUGCGAGCGGCUGCGGCUGCCUUGCUCACCACUCUCACCUCGAGGACAUCCUCUCAUACUCAGACUUUAGAACAUGAUAUUUUGCGUUCUAUGGAGGAAGGUUAUUUCUUGGAAGAUUGUAUGAACAUACUAGUGGAAUUCCUCAAUGAUAAAGAUUAUAAAAGUUAUCUAGAACCGAAUGUACCGUUAUCGGUGUUAGAACGUGGAUCAGAAUUGGAGGUGCGUGCGCAAAAAAGCAACGAAAUUAACUUGUCACCUUUGCUACCGUUUCAAAAGCCUCCACCCACUGGGGAUUUGGUCGUCGCAGUAGCUGACGUCAUUCACAAUAUUACAAUUUACAAAACUGCUCCAGUAAAAGCGUGGAAUGAACAAGGUCUUUAUAGGGUAUUGUUCAGAUGCGCGGCGCGGGGCGGCGGCGCGGCGCGGCGCGUGCGCGGCGCGGCGUGCGGCGCGCUGGCGGCGGCGGCCGCGCACAAGUGCGUGCGCGCCUCGCUCGCCGCCACCAAGGACUGUCUCUACAACUUGCUGGUCACGCUGACACCUGUAAAUGAAGAAGAUACAGACGUAGAUUGUAUAUAUGCGCGUGCGCAAGCGUUGCACCUCCUGGCCGCCUUGUUGAGCGAGCGUGCGGCCUGUGACACCGUGUGGUGGGAAUUAAAGAAGAACAACUUGAUGCUCUUCCAUCUGUUGCUUCAGGCUUUGGAAAGUGACGAUCAUGAGUUACAAGAAGCCGCAAUGCACUGCUUAACGCAGUUGGCUCGGUCGUUAUCUCACAAUAAAUGUAACGAUAAAUCUAAAGAUCAAAGCCACGUCGAUUUCUUCAAUGAUUUUCCAUCGCCACAAGCACGGGAAGCAGAUGACAGGCUAUGCGCCGGUGACAGUGCAAGGAACGAUUGUCAGCCGGAAUAUAUAGUUGAGGAGUUUUGUAAGAUAAUGAUGAAUAUGUAUCAAGAUCUCACCGAUAAAAAGAAGUGUCUUUCCAGUCAAGACGAGACGUGGUCGCUGGUGUGCAGCUGCCUGUGCUCGCUGCAGCGCGCGAGCGGGCGCGCCCGCGCCUACUGCGUGCACCGCCGCUUCCCGCGCGCGCUUGUCGGCGCCCUGCAGAGCCUUCGCGACGCGCUCUCGCUGCGAGGGAAACCGGUCGACGUUAUUAAAAAUGCUGAUCAUGAACCAACCCUCAACACUUUAAACUGGGUUCUGACGCUCAUCACCUGCUCGAUGUUCGAAUGUCCACACGCCAAAGAUCUCUUUGCGGAGGAUUUGGCCCUCUCCCUCAUCAGACUGUGGCCUUGGUGUAUGAUGACUGAAUCUUUGAGAGAUUCUCUUAUGAGUUUGCUUGUUACCUUCACCAAUGAUUGUUCUAGAGCGUGGUCAAGCAUGUGCAGCUGCGUCGGCGGACGCAGUCUGCUAAACGAAGUUUGCUCGCUGGUCAAUCGUGAAGCCUCACGUCCGCGGCCCACUUCCCUCCUGCAGCGCGCACUGCGGAUAUUGAGACACUGUGCACCCCACCAGCACUGUAGAACUAUAAUAAUUAAGAACGACAUCCUGUCCCGCAUGAACAAGGUGAGCGGGCGGCGCGGCUGCGCGCCCGACGAGUGGUGCCGGCUGGGCGAGGCGCUGUCGCGGCACGCGGAGGGCGCGGCGGCGCUGCUGGCGGGCGCGCGCGCGGCGCCGGCGCGCCUGCUGCCCGCGCUGGCGCACGCCGCGCACCACCAGCGACUGGCGUUCCUGCAGUCGCCGGAUCUAUUGGAUCUUUUGUCGAGCAGCCUCCUCACAGGCGACACUUCGGAGAUCGUGUCGGCGGCGCGGGCGGUGUGGGCGCUCGCGGCUAACAACCACAGGGCUAAAUUAGUCCUUCGUAGCGCGGGUAUGCCAGUAGCUGUGCAGUCGUCCCUACAUCGCUUGCAAAAGAACGCCUCAGACGAGGCUACGAAGCGCGCCAUCCAACUUCUUACUUAUACACAAACCGUCCUGCAAGCUACAUGAUUUAAUUUAAUUAAGGAUAUUAUUUGGUCAAUCAUAUACGAUGUUAAUUUUAACGUUGUUUAGUAAUUUUUUAUGAAUUUAAUAUAAAAUAUACAAUUUUACUAUUAUUUAUAUGUAUGUA